GGGAAAGCCAGCUGUAAAUGCGGAGGAGGGAUGCGGAUGCGGAUGUGGAUCUGGCGACCUUGGGUGCGCCUGGGUGCUUGUGUUCCGAUUUCACUGGCACUGGCAGUCAUCAACGGACGACCUUCAGUUUAUCCCAGAUCCCAGGCAGAGCGGUGGGCGAAGGCGGAGAAGUGGGCGCAAGCUGCGCGGAUACACAUGCACAAAUGCACUGUGUUUGGUACAGUGGUAACUCGGUUGGACGAAAUUAUCUACAAUCUAUGUCCACUCUUUCGACUAUAUCGACUAUACUUUUUGAAACCACCAACAAUGUUUGCUGUUUCGAAUUUCAUUGCAAAGACAAACGGAACGGAUGUACACACAAGUUAUCUUUAGAUUCGUAAGAUUCGUGUACUUCCCCAACAUUUUUUUUAAGCUACGGUCAGACGAUAAAAUUGGUUUGACCAAAAUGAUAAACGAUUGCCAUGAACUUACAAAGAAAAUAAAUUCCCCAACAUGUUAUUAUAAAUGAUGAAAUACAUGUUCUUGGAAAAACUAAAGCACACCUAUAUUAUAUUUUUCUCUGAUAAGCACUGGGAUUGUUUAAUAAACACAAAGAUAAAACAAAUAGGUACCAAGUACCCAUAAGUUAAGGAAAAUGGUAGGGAGGGUUGACUGUGUUUGUUGGUAAUUAAGGGGGUGCACAGAUAGCCCCCAUAUGAUGUUAGGUAGGGGUAGGUGGGUUGGUUGUACACAC